CACCACAUGACAAUGGAAUGGAAGGAGCCGGCACCACUUAUCAGAUAAACAGCCCAGAUGGAAUAAGGCUGUCACUGCGUCACUUCUCUCUCACACACAUGCAGACACACAGAGAUAAACGAGCACCCUCUGAACACUGCUGAAGAGCUAUAUAAGAACUCGUCAAGAGGGUUUAUCACCCACUACUUUUCUCUGAAGGGCUGUGGAGCACUGUGGGAAUUUUCUUCAGACAGAUCUGUCUCUUAACAUCUAACCAGCGGUUUGACUGCUAGAGGGGUUGAAAAAGGUUGAAAGGUGACUCCAGAAAACUUUUGCAUUUUUUUAUUUCAUACAUAUUGAUUCCUUGGAGCAUGUGGCAACAAUAACUGGUAAAACAAACCAACUGUUUUUACUUCUGUUUUCAAUGAGGAAACCAACUUUCGAGAUGUAAGCUUGCUCAUUUUACAGAGUAACACUUAUUUGGAAGAGCUUUUGCUUUUGAUUUCUGUUUCUUGUUUUAUUGACGCUGGUUCUUUGAUCUGAAAUGGAAGCUACUGAACCUUUCCGAAUGUUUUCAGACAACGAGUCUACUCUGGAAUUAGGCAGCAGGUUAGUUCACAGCUUUGAGGCUCCUCAGACCUUUGAUGCCUUCAGUGUGGCCAUGGCUGUCCUCCACCUAGCAGUAUGCAUCGUGGGAUUGGGUGGGAACUCUCUGGUCAUAAUUGCCAUCCUCAAGCUGGAUAAAAUGGCCUCAGCUACAACCGUGUACAUCUUCAACCUGGCUUUGGCCGAUGGACUUUUUAUGGUGGGGCUCCCUUUUGUGGCCUUUCAGAACUUCCACAACAAGUGGAUCUUUGGCGAUGUGGCCUGCAAACUGGUCAUGGUCCUGGAUGGAAUCAACCAGUUCACCAGUGUCUUCUGCCUCACAGUUAUGAGUGUGGACCGCUAUAUGGCUCUGGUAGACCCCGUACGUUUUGCUCGUUGGAGAACCCCAAAAUGGGCAAAGAUCAUCUCCGCCUUCCUUUGGCUGUUCUCUCUGCUUCCUGUCCUGCCCAUAGCACUUCACUUCUCUGUUCACUAUGGCUUGUGCAUGGCCGACACAUUUGUGGUCAAGUGGUGGAUGACCUUCCUCGCCUAUACUUUCGUGCUUGGUUUCGUCCUGCCCUUUCUGGUGAUGAUCAUCUUCUACACAGCUCUGGUGAUGACCCUGAGAAGCUCCAGACAGCAGGACAGGAGCUUGCCCUCACAGGACAGCUUGAGUUUGGAGAAGCAGGUGACCAAGAUGGUAGUAGCUGUGGUUGUUGUCUUUGGGAUAUGCUGGCUGCCUUUCUAUGUCUUCAACUUCUGCUCACUGUACACCAACAACGUGCUGCUUGCCUUUGCCCGUGGCUUUGAGAUUGCAGUGCUGCUGUCUUAUUCUUGGAGUUGUGCCAAUCCGAUCCUGUAUGCCUGCCUGUCAGAGACCUUUGGCAGGUACUUCCGAAUUCUCCUCUGCCCCCGCAAGGACUCUCCCAGUAUGCAUUGCAACAGGGAAACUGAGGGCUAUGACCUACGUGACACUAAUGGACAGGAUGUGAAGAUUCUCAUCUGAAUGUUACAAAGUACUAGAUGACAGAAGAAUGCAGGACAUAAGGAGUUAGUUUAAAGAGGUUAAUGGACUUGAUGCCCUGAGAAACACUCGCAUUGUCGACUGUGACGUGUCAUAAAUUACUUAAAAUUCUCCACACGGUAUGGUUUCACAUAUUGUUAUGUUUUGAAUAUGUAAAAUAAUAAUGGUGGUAUAGUUUGGAGAACAAAUAUCGGUUUAUAUAAUGUUUUCUGCUUCACCCAUUGUCAUUGUAUCAUUGUACAUACUAUUUUGCAUUUCAAUGUAUUUGGCUGUUUUGUGGUAUUUAAUAGUAACAAUUUAUUUUUACUUUUUACAUAAUAGCGCUUAUCACUACUAUAAACAAUGUCUUGUUCAUAAUAUAUUCAUCAUGUACCAACUUAAUAAAAUAAUACAUUGUUUGGCAGCUUUUUGAGACAGGUGUGUACUGUUAUCUCUCCUAAUCAAACUUUAUAAAACAAACAAACAAAAAGAAAAAAAUAAUGGAAAAAAUGAAGGAAGAAAAAUGAUAAACCACAUAUGUACUCAAGUCAUUUAGAAGAACAGUAUUGGUUUAAGGGAGUUUACAUCCAUGAUGUCUUGUUCAGUGUUCCAUUUCCAUUAAAUGUCACUGUGGUGUGAACUUGCUGACAAUGUGACACUUGUUGUCCAUUACACGAAAGUCACACGUGAGAGUCAAAGUUGGCAGCUCUAAUUUGAUUUACACAAUGGAAGUAACCCAUAACCAGUAAGUCUCUGGCAUUGGGCCUGUGUUUAAUAAUAAUUUCUGGUUUAUUCAACAUUGAAAAAGGACAGCUGUGGUUCAGUCCGCAAGGUUCAGUCAUGGUCUAAACUCACAGUUUAAAUACAAGAACUUCAGUAAUGAAAAUCUUUUAAUAAAUCCAUGUAUUAAUAUUGCAAUAAACAAAUUUGUAAACAUGA